CCAAACAGAACCCUCAGUGCAUUGUCUCUUGCUGCUGUCAGAACACUGACAAAUAAAUUCCUACAGCCAGGCAGACGGGAUAAUGCUGAGAUCUUUAAAAUCCUUAAUCAUAAUGCGCCCUUUUGGGGCCAUUAUUCUGUUCUCCCUGUUCCUCACAUUCUGGUUUGCAUUAACGUCCCCAAACCCACAGCGAGAGGUCUCCCAGCUCCAACAACAAAACACACAACUCCGGGAAAGCCACAAGAAGCUGGAGGUGAAAAUGAAGGCUCUGUACGAUGAUCUGAAGAAGACUCAGGAGGAGAAAGAGAAGAAGCUGCGAGAGGUCUCCCAGCUCCAACAACAAAACACACAACUCCGGGAAAGUCACAGGAAGCUGGAGGUGAACAUGACGGCUCUGUACGAUGAUCUGAAGAAAACUCAGGAGGAGAAAGAGAAGGAGCUGACAUCGUUGCUAAAACAGAUCACCAGUCAGAAGGAAACUAUUGCAGGACACAGGAAUCAAAUCCAUGACCUCAGCAAACAAAACUCCAAUCUGCAAGACGAACUUCAGUAUCACACGAAUAAACUUUCCAAGAGUGAACGGGAACUCAGUGAGCUGACCAGCAGACUCCGUGAGAAAGAGAGAGACUUCCAUGCGUUGGCUGAUCGUAAUUCAGACCUGGCUUCACAGCUAUCUGAUUCUCGGGAUAAGCCUUGCACAAAAGACAGGAAUGACAGCUGGUUCAGCAUUCUGAUCUGCAUUGCUGGGUUCUGCGUUGGGUUUGGUUUCCACUACCUGUGUUGUUAACGGAGUUUUCCAAACAUCUGGGAUUGAAAUGCAGCCAUUGACAUCUGGAGCUGAAACAAACUCCCGUGUGUGAAGAGGAAUUGGUUAACUGCUAUUGGAGGAAGAACGAUUGACUUCACUGGAUAGUGAUCCUAUCGAGAAUCAUAUAGAGUCAUAGAAUCCCUACAGUGUUCAGGGAGAACCCAAACCCUGGUUCUCGGAGAUCUGAACGGGAAGCAAGAUCCUUUCUAGCUGAAAGAUUGUCCAGCGAUGACUCAGGUGAUGACAUCUCACUAAAACCCUGACAUUCAUCUGUUUUUUCUUGCUCUGAUGGGAAAAUCGCACUCCUAAUUUUUUCGCUUUGUGUUUCCACAUGAAGUGAAGGUCUCCUUCUGAAGGAAUUUUUUGGGCUUGCUGGACAUUGAGAUUUAUCGAGGAGUGUGGUUUCCAGCCUCUUUUAUGGCAGAAUGCAAUCUGCUGCCUGGGAACUCAGAUAUAGGAGACACCGGGUGUGAGAAGCCCACUCCGUGUAUGCAUCCCAUUUCUCUAUCCACCCUAUCCAUUCAUAAACUCCCCAACGGGUGUAUUUGUCAAUGACCAACUAUACUUUCCUGGUCCUCACCUCCUACCCAUCCAGUCCACAGGACUGGAGACCCACAAUGUAGUUUAGCCACUGCACUGCCAUUGCUCCUUUCUCACCUCUCCUGCACUCUGAACUUUGACUCUUCACUUCUAAUCAAAACCAGGGAUAAAUUACACCAUUAAGGGAUGCAUCAUGCUUCCAAAUCAUUGUGGGAUUGACACAUUAAAGUUCAUCAGAUGUGUUCCUGGGAUAGAGGGACUGUCCUGUGAAUGGAGAUUGGGGGAACAAGGUCCAUAUUCACUGGAAGAAUGAGAGAUGAUUGCACUGAAAUCUACAAAAUACUUAAAAGCAUAGACGGGGCAGAUGCGGGACACUGGCUCAGUGGUAAGUACUGCUGUCUCACAGCACCAGGGUCCCGGGUUUGAUUCCAGCCUCGGAUGACUGUUUGUGUGGAGUUUGCACAUUCGCCCCGUGUCUGCGUGGGUUUCCUCCCACAGGUCAGGUGAAUUGGCCAUGCUAAAUUGCCCAUAGUGUUAGGUGCAUUAGUCGGGGGGAAUUACUCUUCGAAGGGUAGGUGUGGACUUGUUGGGCUGAAGGGCCUGUUUCCAUACUGUAAAUAAUCUAAUCUAACUUAAUUUUUUUCAAAACUCAUUCAUUGGAUGAGGGUGUUGCUUCCCAUUCCUAAUUGCCCCAGAGGGCAGUUAAGAGCCAACCACAUUGCUGUGGUUCUGGAAUCAUGUGGAGUCCAGACCAGGUAAGGAUGGCAGUUUCCUUCCCGUAAGGGCAUUAGUGAACCAGAUGGAUUUUUCCAAAAAAAUAAAUGGGUUUAUGAUCUUCAUUCCAGAUAUUUUUGUCCUGAAAUUCUACCAUGACAGGAUUUGAACACAGUUGCCCAGAAUAUUAUUUGAGUCUCUGAAUCAACAAUACAGUGGUAAUAUCUCUGGGCCAUCACCUCCCUGUAAAAUGCCUUGUCUGAUCAGGGAGUUUAGAACAACAGGGCACAAUUUCAAAAUAAGGAGGAAGCUAAAUCAGACCAAGAUGAGGAGAAAUCCUUUCACUCAGAGGAUUGUGGGACUUUGGAUUUCUAUUCCCCAGUGAGGUGUGGAAGGUCAGUCUUUAAAUAUGUUUAACGUAGGAAUUGACAGAUUUCUAAACCCCAGGGACAGCAGGAGAGGGUGAUGGUGAUAGUGUGUGAAGUGGAUAAUCCACCAGGAUCAUAUUGAUUGGUAGAGCAGUCAUGAUGGGCUGAAUGGCCUACUUCUACUCCUAUGUUCCUAUUAAAGCAAUUACUGGGGGCAUUUAUUUGCCCUUCACUUUGAAGGUGAGUGAUCUGUUAUAACAGGGUGCUGAGAUCUGGAACUAUACAUUGCAGUCUGCAAGCUCUUAUUACACUUUCUUUGUCACAACUACAUUGAGAACAAAAGCCUUUUUGUAAAAUAUUUCUUUAGAAAACAUAAGAGAAUCAGGAAAAGAACAAUACGCUUGGAAAGCGAUUGAUGAAUGUUUAUUUCUGUAAUGGUUGGUGUUAGUUUUGAGUGAUGGGAUUAGUCAGUCCUGCUAUUUAUUUGUAAACUAUGUGCUGUUCAUCCCUCUCCAAUGGAUAAUUAGACAGGAAUAAGACCGGGUGGUUCAGUUUGCAUGUAUUCAUUGAUUGAAGACAUAGAUUUAAGAAACUGGAAAAAUAAAUGGGGAAGAUGAGGAGCAUCUUUGCUGCAAAUUAAGACAUCGUGAUGUGGAAUGUGCUGCUGGAAGGAGUGGAGGAAAUAAAUUCAACAGGAACUUCCAAAAGUGAAGUUAACUUUUUGAAGAAACUAAUAUUGCAGGGCUAAUAGCAGGAAGGGGAGUGGACUGAACCGGAUAGAUCUCUUCAAGAGCUGGUAGGGUUGAAUGGCCUCAUUCUGAGCUGUGUAACUUAAUGGCACUGUUCCAGAAGCCUUGAGUUAAAUGUGUCUGUCUGUACUUUUUAUUGCAACAGUUUUGUGCAGAUUUGCAAUAAACUCACAUCUUUUAAAAA